AUGGCCGCAGCUGAGCCCGGCCAGCUCCAGUUCGGGGAGAUCGCCGCGCCCCCCGCAUACCGGCCCGCCCACCCCGGCGGGGCGUUCCUGCCGCCCCCGAACCCCGCCGCUGCUCUGCUCCCCGCGCGUCCCUCGGGCCCCGGUCCGGAGCGCGGCGCCCCGGUGGCCUUCGCCGGCUUUCUCGGGAGGGGUGCCGGGCCCGCGGCGCCGCCCUCCGCCGCCCUGGGCCCGCCUGCGCCCCCUAAAGGCGCGGCCGUCCCGUCGGCGUCGCAGCGCCGAAAGCGCACGUCGUUCAGACCCGAGCAGCUGCAGCUGCUGGAGCUCGUCUUCCGCCGGACCAUGUACCCCGACAUCCACCUGCGUGAGCGCCUGGCCGCGCUCACUUUGCUCCCGGAGUCCAGGAUCCAGUUGGUUUUCUCUCUCCCCCCCUUCCAGGUGUGGUUCCAGAACAGGCGCGCCAAGUCGCGUCGUCAGAGCGGGAAAUCCUUUCAGCCUUCAGCCAGGCCAGAGCUUUUCCUCCACCACUCUGCUUGUGAAACUGAAGCAGAAUAUUUGAAGCCCCAGCUGCCUCUGGAGGUAGAUGUGAACUGCCUGCCGGAUCCCAACAAGGUUGGAGGAGACAUCUCCGACCCUAGCUCCCAAGCUCAGAAUUUUGAAACCUAUUCUCCUCUCUCUGAAGACAUUGGUUCAAAGCUGGACUCAUGGGAGGAACACAUCUUUUCUGCCUUUGGUAACUCUUGAGGAGUCUGGGAGAAUUCAGGAUAAGGUCAGAGGAACCAUGACUGACAGCCAGGGAGACACACAU